UCUGCCGCUCACUUCUUUCAAGUUUCUCUCCCCUAACUCGCCUCCCCUCCCCUCCCCUCCCCACUCCCUCUCGACUCUCGUGUCUCUAGACAGAAAAACUAAUAAAACUAUUCUAUUAAUAUCCAAACCAGCGUGACAAGCAUUUAAGAGAGAGAUAGUAAAGAGAGGGAGAGAGACUAGAGUAGUGAGGGCGCUGAACUCUCGACUUGCAAGUUGUAACAAACCACCUCUUGUUCCGCCGGAAAUGACGGUGUUCGGCCACUCGGGUGGAGGCGGAGGUUUUCUCGCCGGGAAGCAGGUGUUCCCGGUGGACUACGAAGCGGAGGUCUCGCAACGCCUCCUCGAAGCUUCGCACUGCAAUGAUCUCAAAGCGGCCCUCGAAUGCAUCGCCGAUUCGUUCGUCGAUGUCAACUUCGUUGGCGCUGUGUGCUUGAAGAUUCGAAAAGCGGAAGUGUCGUGUGACGACGAAUCGGCGAAUGAAGUUCGUGUUGAGUACGAAGAGUUCAGGACUGACGUCACGCCGUUGUUCCUCGCCGUUCAUGGCGGGAAUGCGAUGCUCGUCAGGAAACUACUGAGUAUUGGAGCAGACGUAAACCAGAAGCUCUUCAGGGGCUUCGCAACAACAGCGGCAGUGAGGGAGGGCCAUCUUGAGAUUUUGGAGAUCUUAGUAAAAGCUGGUUCUUCACAGCCUGCUUGUGAAGAGGCGUUGUUAGAAGCAAGUUGUCAUGGGUGUGCAAGGCUUGCGGGGCUGCUCAUGGGAUCGGAUCUGAUUCGGCCCCAUGUCGCGGUGCAUGCUCUUGUCACUGCAUGCUGCAGAGGGUUCAAGGAUGUGGUGGAUGCUCUCAUUAAGUGUGGAGUCAAUGCAAAUGCAAGUGAUCGGGUCUUGCUUCAAUCAUAUAGGCCUUCUCUACACACAAAUGUCGACUGUAAUGCACUCGUUGCUGCUGUUGUGUCUAGGCAGAUCUCUGUCGUCCGUCUGUUGCUUCAGGCUAGUGUCAGAACAGACAUCAAAGUUCAACUGGGGGCAUGGUCAUGGGAUACAGUUUCAGGGGAAGAGUUUCGUGUGGGUGCAGGACUAGCAGAGCCCUACCCCAUCACCUGGUGCGCUGUGGAGUAUUUUGAGCACACUGGUACUAUCCUGAGCAUGCUCCUCCAACAAGUCUCAUCCGAUGCCACUCACCUUGGAAGAAACCUCCUCCACCAUGCCAUUCUCUGCGGCAAUGCUGGAGCUGUCAACGUGCUUUUGAAUUGCGGUGCAAAUGUAGAAUCUCCUGUUAAAACAACCCAGAAAACUGAGUUCCAUCCAAUACACAUGGCUGCCCGUCUUGGACACUCAACUGUGCUCCAGUGCCUAAUUGACUAUGGCUGUGAUAUGAACUCGAGGACAGACACAGGUGAUAGUGCUCUGAUGAUCUCUGCAAAACAUAAGAGGGAUGAAUGUAUCAAAGUAUUGGCCACAGCUGGUGCUGAUUUUGGUUUGGUGAAUAUAGCAGGUCAGUCUGUGUAUUCAAUCGCAGGGUCAAACCAAUGGCCUCUUUGUUUUCAACAAGCCGUGCUAGAUGUAAUUAGGGCUGGAAAGGUUCUGAAAUCAAGUAACGUGUCAAUUUUUUCACCUUUAAUGUUUGUAGCUCGAUCGGGUGAUAUUCUAGCCUUGGAAGCCCUAAUUGGGCGACCAGAAAUCGAUCUUGAUUAUCAGGAUGAUAGGGGUUUCUCUGCAGUCAUGGUUACCGCUAUGGAAGGUCAUGUUGAAGCUUUCCGGUUGCUUGUCUAUGCUGGGGCUGAUGUUAAGCUGUGCAACAAAUCUGGUGAGACUGCUAUUACCUUAUCCGAAUUCAACCAAAGUCGCGAUCUAUUUGAGAAAGUAAUGCUCGAAUUCGCUCUUGAAAAGGGUAACCGCAAUGGCGGAGGUUUUUACGCCCUACAUUGUGCAGCCCGCCGUGGAGACUUAGACGCAGUGAGAUUAUUGAUGCAUAAGGGUUAUGAUGUAAAUGUCCCUGAUGGGGAUGGCUACACGCCAGUCAUGUUGGCAGCAAGGGAAGGCCAUGGAAGCACUAGUCGGCUCUUGAUUAAAUCAGGAGCACGAUGUGACUUGAAGAAUGUUAAGGGCGAAACUGCACUCUCACUUGCAAGGAACAAUGGCAGUCAUGAUGCAGUACAGGUGAUACUCGACGAGCUUGCUCGGAAACUGGUGUUGAGUGGCGCUAUUGUGAUGAAGCAUACAAAAGGAGGAAAAGGAGCUCCGCAUAGUAAAGUUAUUAAAAUGAUGGAGGCUACCGGGGUAUUGAGGUGGGGGAAUUCAAGCCGGAGAAACGUGAUAUGCCGAGAGAUUGAGGUGGGACCGAGCUUGAAUUUUAAGAGGCUGAGGCGGAGGAAGGGGGAUGCGGAUGAAGCUGGAGUGUUUCGGGUGGUGACUACGAAGAACAAGGAAGUGCAUUUUGUGUGCGAGGGUGGGUUUGAGACGGCGGAGAUGUGGGUGAGGGGAAUACAGCUUGUGACAAGGGAAGCUGUUUCUGGUAAGAAGUAGAGGGAAGCAUAAUGGAGAGAGGGUGUGACUAGGAAUCUAGUAUAUUUAUCCCCCAAAAAAGGAGACUAGGAAUCGAGCUUGCAUAGAUGUUUGGGGAAGUACUUUUUCUCGAAGUACUUGGAACUAUAUCCUGUUUUCACUGUACAAAUUUUGACAACCCUAGUUGUAAAUGUAUUUUGGAAGUGAAAGCAUGUGUUUUUGUUAAAUAUUAUGUGUGUGGAUUAUAAAUUUAAGCCUCCGUUUGGGAAGUGGGUUGGCUUUUUGA